AUGCUGUCCCUUCCAUUCAUCACCCCGCGCGAUUCCCAUGAACUAUGGUUUGGAUUUCCCCAGCCAUACCGCGCAUCGACCGAAUCAGGCCCCGACAAUGCCACCAGCCACUCCUCCCGCCGUAACAAUGGCACAUCCAGCAACCAUCGCACAUUCAUGCCAUCCCGCUCACCGGGGAAUACACUCGCCGCACUAGUCGCAGAGGAACGGUCACUACGAGCCCGGAAACAGAAUAUCGCUUCCUUUGGAUACUCGUGGAUCCGGCCGGCGGGAUGUGCGAAGACAAUGCUCGGCAUGAAAGAGGAGGAGGCGGAGCGUGAAGAGGCACUUCAGGCUGCGGCGGCGGAAAUGGAUGCUGUUGAGGGGGAGGGUAUUAUGGAUGAUGAUACGGGGAUGCAGAGGGCGGAUGGGGGGGAGGAGGAUGAGGGGAUGGAGCGUGAUUUGGAUGAUGAUAUCCCCGAUGCAGAUGUGGAUGCCGAGGAGUCCCGACUCAUCGAGGAAGGGGAGGAAGGGCUCGAGGAGGAUGAUACUGGUGAUAAUGAGGGGUAUAUGGAAAGGGACUUGGAUGAUGAUAUUCCUGAAGGGUUUCCUGACGAUGACUACGAGGGUUCUGGGUUUUAUGAUGACGAUGAUGAGAAUGAGGACUUCGAUAAUCAACCUGAUCUUGAUGCGGAGGUUCCUGCUGCUGAUGGUGAUAUGAGUGAGGGCAUGACGCGUGACUUGGAUGAUGAUAUCCCUGAUGCGGCGGAGGGGUCGGAGCAGGAAGGUGAAUGGCAGCAUACGGAUAGUGAGGAGGAUCUGAGUGACGAGGAUGAUGACGAGCCCAGCAUCAUUCAGUCUCGAUUGGAGAACUUCCGCACUAGCACACCGAACAGUCGUGGUGGCUUGCCGCCCCCACCGUCUAUUCGUCGUCAGCCUGAAACUGAAGCCCAGCGCCGGUUUCUGCAGCGAUGGAGUGGCGGAGGCGACGCCCUUGAUUCGAGCAGUAUGCUUUAUGACGACGAGGAUCUGGGCGCCUCUAUCACGAGCCAGGCCAGUCGACGCAGCGGGUUUGCGAGACGCUUCCCUCGGCACAUUGGCCGUCCUAGGGAUAGCCUGGAAUAG